ACGUGAGGUGACAACUGUUGUUAUUGAUAUUUGAUAUCAUCAGCGUCAACAAACAGGUAUCAAAGAGUGUUUUUCAGGGUAAUCAGCAUCGUGUUGCGAUGGAAAUUUUCUUGAUGAGGGUCUCCAACCGAUUCAAAUUAUUUUAUGGGUAAUGCUAGACAACUGCACGAUACACACACAAAGGGUCAAGGUCGCUCAAGGGCAAGGUCAUCGUGAUGGAGGUGUGUCCGUGUGUGAUGCAACAUGGCCGCGGAUUAUGCUUACUUUUAAUUUCUUCACUUUUAUAACAAGGCAUGAAAAUGUGCAUGUUUUUGAACAAAUUUUAAAACAUUUCCUUUGCCAUUCGAAAAAAUUAGUUGCGAUUGUUCUAAAACAAAUGUGCGUAAAUUUAUGAUAGCGAGAUUUUUGCAAAGCCAAUGAUUGUUAGGUAUGAAACUUCAUGUAGAAUAAAAUCCUAGUUAUAAUGAGCUUUCGAGCAAUUUGGAUUCUAAGUAAAGAUAAUUUGGAGAAAAGUCAAGUAUUGUUUUCAAGGAAGUACCCUACAGUGGAGAGACGACAUCAUUUGAUCCAUGGAAAAAAAUCUAGUUGUGCAUUGCCAGAUGACAAUCUCGUUGUUAAAUCUGCGUUUAAAAAUUUGCAAAUUGGACGGAAGACUGAAGCGUAUAUGGAGGAAUUUGAUGGCUGUCAGCAGAGCAAAGGAGAACCAGUUCUAAAAUUGGACAUCAAUGGUGAACCAUUAUGGCCGAUUGUUGCCCUUCAAAAGUUUAAUUUAAUUUUUAUCUGCCUUUGUUUGGUGGAAAAGCGUGAAUUUGACAGUAGGACACCAUUAGUUGAAAUUCCAGCCAUAUCUAUUGGUUAUGCCUUGAUCCAUAAUAUGAUUGAAUUCAUUGAAUUAGUACCACUGGACAACAUUUCACAGCUUGCAACUCAAAUUGAAGAACUUGGAAUGCUUCUAAAAAUCCUAAUACCUUUCGGGACACCAGUAGACACAAAUUUCAGCACGAUGAAAGGCUUUUUAACUGGAAAGGAUAAUAACUGGACCCCAAAAUACAGAUUAUCAGCUUGGCGACCAUUGGCUGCUACAAAGACGAGAAAUCAGUUGCACUUCUCCAUACGAGAGCAAGUGAAGGCUGUGAUAUAUAAUUACCCGGAGAAGAGCGUUUACAAAGAUAUGUGUCAUGUAUAUGGAGUGGUCUCGUGCAAGGCUGACGUCGAUGGCGUGCCCGAAGUGUCGUUAAAUUUUGCCUCUAAUCCAAACAUUCACAUUGCUUUCCAUCCCUGUCUACAAUGGCUGGACGUUGCCUCAAAUGGAAGAUCAGGGUCGUUUGGAAACUCGUCUCCGGACUUUUACCGAGAGCAGAUCCCAGUCUCCAGGACUGUUUGUUUCACUCCUCCGCACGAGCUGAUUCCGUUUUGCCACGUGAACGGUGAUUCCCAGCUUCCAGUGAAAGGUGUUUUUCAAAUGAAAACCGAGGGAGAAGUCACCCAAAUUCAAGUGCAACUUCAAUUGAGCGAGACUGUUAAGAAUUCAUUUGAAUAUUUUGAAAUCCACAUUCCAUUUUUUCACAGUGGGCCGAUCAGCAAAUGGGAACUUGAUAAUACAUGGGGUGCUGUUCUUAUCUCGCCAGAAAAAAGAAAACUCGUUUGGAGUUUAGGUCAAAAAUUCCCCAAAUCUCUACAAAUUACGUUAAACGCCACCGUGCUACUGGCUGAUGCAUCCACAGCUGAACAGAGCAACUUCAAAGAGGAUCCUUUCUGUCAUGGCCUGAAUACGUACAUCCAGAUAUAUUUCAAGACAACGAUCACUACUUUAAGUGGAAUCACAAUCGAUCCGAAAUCGGUGAAACUUAACCCAAGGUCUUCACCAAAGGUUUAUGUAGUGAAAGAAUUGGUGUCGUCUGAUUAUAAGAUAUGGAAUACGCAUGGCGAUGCUUUAGUGGCAUUCCCUCCAACCUUGUAAUACAACUGGACAAUUGCAGGUGGGUUGACACGCCAGGGUGAGGCGAGGAAAGAGAAGCGUGUUUGAUGCUGCCCUUGUUGUGAGAAACAGGCUUCAGUUUAGCUAGAGAAAUCAAGAUAUGUCCUUUCAAACCACAUGUCUAUUCAAUAUGAGUUGAUUGAAUCGAUCGUUGCAUAUCCGAAUAGCUCCGAAUUCACUACAAAUUACACCAAAUUUACUUGUAUAUCUAACAAUCAUUUUAUAUUGACAUAUACCGCUCAAAUAAAUAUCAAAAACAGUAUAUUUAAAAAAUGAAUUCAUGUUUAUUGCUGUCUACAAAAUGCUUUGCUUAUAGCAUAAAUUAUUUUAAAAAAACUACCAAUUCUAAAGCUCUACUGACAUCGUAAAUUUGUGUAAUAAGUUGUAAAAUGCCACUUUCUUGAAAACAUCAAAUAGAUUUCUUUGUAUUUUAUACAAUUGUGAAACAUAUUAUCAUCAAAGGAAAGUGCAUAAGCCUGAUUUGACGUCAGGGGCCGUACAGCUUCAAACUUCAAUGUAUAAUUGGGCUUUAGAUAGAGCUUCGUUGAGAAACUUGUAGUAAUUUGCGCUAAUUCCAUCUUGAAUAUCUGGAAGGAUGCUAAAAUA